AUGGCAAAAGAGAUCGCAGAGGCAAAGACAAGCACUGCCAUCAAAUUCACACACCAAUCCGAAAAGCUAUCCCUCCAGGCACAUGACGCCAAAGAUGAGGACAGCAGGGGCGCCCUGGCCGUCGAGGCGCGCUUUAUCACCCCACAAGAUCCAGUGAUUGAGACUGAGAAUGGUGCAAGACUGCCGGCAGUACCACUGAAGGAGGCAUUGGAGCUGAAUAGAUUAAGAGACCAGGUCAAAGGCCAGAGCUCCAAGUCUAACCACCAAAGGCAUGACCCAGCGCGUCUAAAACACGAGGAAACCGGUGAAGAGUCAAGUCAAGCAGAGUCUACACAGUCCACCAGACCGGACGCAUCUCUACGCAACGCUGUACCUCCCUCGAGAACGAAUCCUCUAUUUCCAGAAUUACCCCUAUAUGGGCCCCCAUCCGUACUACGAGACAUACAGUGCAUCGGCUUCCGAGUCUCGUCAGCUAUACUUUCUCUUGCUUUUCUCGGCGUCAUUGUCCUCGGAUCAGCAUUUACCAGUAUACCGUUAAUGUUUCAGCACAUAGGAAUACGUUUGGCCUUCCGCAAUCCUGACGCGCGACGGCCGUUCUACGAAGAAGAAAGGAGGAGACAACAUAUCAGGGAUGAGGAGGCAAGGGAGUGGAAGAUAAAACGACGGCGCAAGAGGAGUUCGAAUGCCGAAGACGGUAACGAGGAAGAGGAGGCCGGUCAGCGAGAUGAGGAAUUCGAGCCUACAGAAGGUGGCCCAGAUCCCCUUGUUUGCGAUCUUGGGUACUACGCGCGAAGGGUAGGCCUGGACGCGGAAAGCUACGAGGUCAUGACCGAGGACGGCUUUAUUAUUCAGCUCGACCAUGUAUACAACCCGAAAGAAUACAGACCCGCUUCUCCAUCCCAGCGCGCCCAUGGUGCCCCUGUCGUCUUCCCCAAGGCUUUCGACCACGACCGCUCCAAUGACAGCCGCGCUACAUCGUCAUCAUCGACAAACUCGUCGAGAACUUGCAAAUACCCCAUUCUCCUCAUCCACGGUCUCCUUCAAUCGUCAGGCGCGUACUGCGCUAAUGAUGAUGACUCCCUAGCCUUCUAUCUGUGCAAAUCCGGAUACGACGUCUGGCUCGGCAACAACCGCUGCGGGUUCAAUCCACAGCACCAACUUCUUAAAACCACCGACCCCAGAAUGUGGAAUUGGAAUAUCCGACAGAUGGGCGUCAUGGAUCUUCCCGCUCUUGUGUCACGCGUGCUUUUCGAGACUGGAUUCUCAAAGUUAGGCCUGAUCUGCCACUCGCAAGGGACGACUGCAACAUUUGUGGCAUUAGCAAAGGAGCAGCGGCCGGACCUGGGAGAGAAGCUUAGCGUCUUCUGUGCACUUGCACCGGCGGUGUAUGCGGGGCCUUUGAUUGGGAAAAUGUAUCUGAAAUUCAUGCGGAUAAUCUCACCAGGCAUGUUCCGCAUUAUGUUCGGGAUCCAUUCCUUCAUCCCUUUCAUGAUGACAAUGCACUCGUUUCUGCCAGGACGCCUUUAUGGCGCACUAGGCUACCGCGUCUUCUCUUUCCUCUUCAACUGGACCGACGAUCGCUGGGACCAGGGGCUUCGAAACCGCAUGUUCCAAUUUGCGCCUGUGUACGUGAGCGCAGAGAGUAUGCGCUGGUGGCUUGGUCGUGAAUGCUUCGCGAGCCAGAAAUGCAUCCUCGCUACUCGCGAAGAAGGAGAAAUCGAAGAUGAAGAGGAUGAAGAAGAAGACGAUUAUUACGCCCACAGCACCGAACACUCAACAGAACGCAUGUUGGACGGUCAGAGCCACCCGGACCAACCUCAUCCCGAUCGCGGCCGCAAAGCCUGGUUCGACGAGCGCGUCCCACCAUUUGCCCUCUGGGUCGCGGGCUCUGACGAACUGGUCGAGGGCCGACGGCUGCUCCGACGAUUCGAAAGGGGUAGAGAGCCUCAUGUUCGAGUCGUGCAUUCGAAGAUUAUAGAAGAGUAUGAGCAUCUAGAUGUCCUCUGGGCCAUUGACAGCGUCGAAGAGGUUGCAAACGAGGGGUUUUUUGACGAAAACGAGCUCUUUGGUAUAGCAACGUCGGCAUUCGUGGUAGGUAUCGUUGGAAACAUAAUCCGUAUGCAUGCGAAGGACGAUGUGUCUUGGAUAUAUAUAAGAAACGGACAUAUUACCGUAAUGGUGCUCAUGUACAUAGAUGAAUUCACAAUCGACUCGUUCUUAAUCAAAUACAUACGCAACCCAAAUUCACCAAAUUCUACUCACCCCCUUGCCUUGACAUACCUAUCUCCGACGCGCUCUCAAAAUAUCAAAUCCCCAAUCGUCAGAACGCCCUUUCCUGGCCUCGCUACAACAUGGCACACACGAAAUGCCCACGUCUUCAAGACGCUGCUGCUGGAACUCGUACGCGGUCCCGAUCCGAAGCCUGUACCUCCUCGCUUUCCCGCUCGGUGGGUGCUUGGAGAUGCGCUCAUCGUCUUGGAAAUGUUCUACGCGCAGGGGGUUCGCGCAUCAGUAUUUGGCGUAUGGUGGCAUAAGAGGGAGGGAAGGAAGGAAGGAAGGAAGGAAGGAAGGAAGGAAGGAAGGAAGGAAGAUGAAGCGGGCGCUAGGUACGGUUUUGUUCCGGAGGUAAGGUACGGUACGGUAUCGUACUUUAGCUUUGGGUGUCCGUACGUGAAAUUCAUACACAAUGGUAUUGGGUGA